AUGCGUCAUGUUAAGAAAGAGAUGUCACCUGUCGACUCUCUCCCCACCGCCAUCUCCCCAGCCGACCCUAGUCCAAACAAACGGUCCACUGGGCCCCCGAAACCCAAGCUUCGUCUCCAGAUCAACGAUCUACGUCACUCCGGUUCUAAUGCCUUCUUACUCCUCGUCCCUGACAUUGCAUCUACUAUCGAUAAAGCUCUAGCUGAUAUUAUCGACAACCUCUACACCCCACCCCAUCCCCAAGAUGAACCGCACGUCGUCACCACAGCCAAGGCCCCAACCCCAACCUUCACACCCUCCAUUCCGCCAACCCGAUCCGUAACCUUCUUUCUCCGUGACAUUGGCGGUGUAGCCUACACGACCGGUAUGGAGCUGGACGAUGACCACAAGGAGAUUCACCUGUCUCUCCAGUAUAUCCUUACCGCCAUGAAGCUGCCCGAUCCAAGAGCCGAGAUAGUCGGUGUUCUUACCCAUGAGCUGGUCCACUGCUACCAGCAUACGGCACCCCGCCAGGACAAUGCCUCUGUGCCACGGCCGCCCGGGGGCUUGAUCGAGGGCAUCGCGGAUUUUGUGCGUCUCAAAGCUGGCUUCGUGCCGCCGCACUGGAAACGGCCGGCGUCUGCCCAGGAGAGAGCUGAGAAAUGGGAUCAGGGUUAUCAGCAUACAGCAUUCUUCCUGGAGUGGCUGGAGGAUGUGCGGAUUGGGAAAGGCGCAGUUGGAAUGUUGAACGACCGGCUAUUGCGGGUUGGAUAUAUUGGUGAGAGCGAGACGCUGGACAACGGACGCCCCGGCUUUUGGAAGAAUCUGUUUGGGUCGGGGGUCGAUGAACUUUGGGACGACUACGGCAGAUACCUUGAUAAACAUGGCCGGAUGAACACGGAACGAAGCGGUGGGAAUUGGGAGGAUGAGAUUGUCAACCCCCCUGAGUGA